AUGUUGCGCGACCGACAUAGCACGCGGAAGCCUGAUGACGAGCUCAUCAGCCGAUUUCAACGUACAUUUGCAGAUGUCGUAACCCGACGAGGGAGCAAUGGGCAUGAAACAGUGCCUCUUAACAAGAGAGUAGGCGAUCCGAUGAAACCUGCAAGAACAGUAGAGGAUAGAGAAUGGAAAUUUCUCAACCAACGCACACCGCGUAAUCUUCCACAACCAAGCUGGCGAUUUACACAUACCGACGCUGGGCUGGAUAAAUUUAUGCCUAUAUUUCCGCCGAUUCCCCUUGCAGACGUGCAGCCUAAUGCCCAGGGCAUUAUGGGACAGCACAGCCAACACUUUCUUGCCCAACAAAUGCCGGGCAUGAAAAUGGAUGUGCAGGCUCAGCCACAGUCCUUUGCGCCGAGCGCAUUCAUGCAUCGCGGCGACUCUGGUUAUGAUGCGAUGGAUGAAUCCAGUAGUGAGAGUGAAAUGCAAAUGGUUUCGGCAUCGAACACUACUACCUCUUCCGGAAGGACAAGCUAG